UCAUUUUUGUUCAGAGCACUGUCGGCUAUCAGCAACAGCAGCAGCAGCGGCGGCGGAUAGAGUGAAGAGAAGUGGGGGAGAAACACAUACAAGUGUCUGUCCUGAAGGAAAAAACAAGUCUGACUUGGAAUAAACUAAAACGCAUCCGUGUGUUUCGACAGGUUUGUCCAUCAUUGUUUUGAUAGCGGGAGACAAAGAUGGCAAUGCAAAUGAGUGAGCAUGAAAGUGGUGUGUUGAAGGUGGAACAGUGGCAGGACACGAUGUAUGGCAUAGACUCGGGUAUCCAGUCUGGAGCCACCACAGUAGUCAGAGAUGACGACGACUACACUACAUCCAAACACUACACCGUGACCACCACUACUGUCACAAGGGAAGAGCCUGACUUGGAAGCCCUGUGCACUACCAGAGCCCAGCGGGUGCGGGCUGCAAUGUUCCCAGAGACUCUGGAGCCAGGCACCAACAUCCUGUCGACUCAGAUAGACCAGUCCCAGAUGACUAAUGUCCAGAAGCUGGCCGAGCCCUCCCAGAUGCUCAAGACAGCCAUCAUUCAUCUGAUCAACUACCAGGAUGAUGCAGAGCUGGCCACACGUGCUGUGCCUGAGCUCACCAAACUGCUUAACGAUGAAGACCAGGUGGUGGUCAGCAAGGCAGCACAGAUUGUCAACCAGCUUACACGCAAGGAGGCAUCGCGGCGCGCACUGAUGCAGUCCCCUCAGAUGGUGGCUGCCGUGGUGCGGGCCAUGCAGAACACAAGCGACAUGGAGACUGCACGGGCCACAGCCAGCAUUCUCCACAACCUGUCCCACCAGAGGGAGGGCCUGCUCUCCAUCUUCAAGUCUGGAGGCAUUCCUGCUUUGGUUCGCAUGCUCAGCUCUCCCAUGGAGUCUGUUCUCUUCUACGCCAUCACCACGCUCCACAACCUGCUGCUGCAUCAAGAAGGAGCCAAGAUGGCCGUUCGCCUGGCUGAUGGUCUGCAGAGGAUGGUUCCCCUGCUGAAUAAGAGCAAUCCCAAGUUCCUGGCCAUCACCACAGACUGUCUGCAGCUGCUGUCCUAUGGCAACCAGGAGAGCAAGCUCAUCAUCCUUGCCAACAGGGGUCCUGAGGGUCUAGUUCACAUCAUGAAAACCUACAAUUAUGAGAAGCUGCUGUGGACCACAAGCCGUGUGCUCAAAGUUCUCUCUGUGUGCCCCAGCAACAAACCCGCCAUUGUAGAGGCUGGUGGGAUGCAGGCUCUGGGUAAACACCUCACAGGCUCCAGUCAGCGUCUGAUGCAGAACUGUCUGUGGACACUCAGAAACCUGUCUGAUGCCGCCACCAAAGAGGAGGGUAUGGACAGCCUGCUGCAGGUGCUGGUUGGCCUGCUUAGUUCAGACGAUCUCAACAUGCUUACUUGCGCCACUGGCAUCCUGUCAAACCUCACAUGCAACAAUGCCCACAAUAAAACUCUGGUCACCCAGAGCAACGGUGUGGAGUCGCUGAUCCACGCCAUAUUGCGUGCCGGUGAGAAGGAGGAUGUGACUGAACCUGCCGUCUGCGCUCUGCGCCACCUGACUUCACGCCACCAACAGGCUGAGAUGGCACAGCAUGCUGUGAGGAAACACUAUGGCAUCCCCGCCAUCGUCAAGCUGCUCAACCAACAAUACUACUGGCCUGUCAUCAAGGCUGUGGUUGGACUGGUCCGCAACCUGGCCCUGUGCCCAGAGAACCAGGCCCCUCUGAGGGACGCUGGAGUGAUCCCCCGCCUGGUCAACCUGCUGCUCAAAGCCCACCAGGACGCCCAGAAACAUGGUUCAUCCGCCCAGCAGACAUACCAGGAUGGAGUGAGGAUGGAGGAGAUUGUAGAGGGCUGCACAGGAGCUCUGCACAUCCUGGCCAGAGAUCCCAUCAACAGAGCAGAGAUCGCCAACCUGCAGACCAUUCCUCUGUUUGUUCAGCUCCUCUACUCUCCAGUGGACAAUGUGAAGCGCGUGGCAGCGGGCGUCCUGUGUGAGCUGGCCCUGGACAAACAGUCAGCUGAGCUCAUCGACAGCGAGGGAGCAUCUGCUCCACUGAUGGAGCUGCUGCACUCCAACAACGAGGGCAUUGCUACUUACGCUGCAGCCGUGCUCUUCCGCAUCUCUGAGGAUAAGAACUCCGAUUACAAGAAGAGAGUCUCUGUGGAGCUCACACACUCUCUGUUCAAACACGACGCCGCUGCCUGGGAGAUGGCCCACAACAGCGUCCCCAUGGAUCCAUACCAACAAGAUGAGCUGGAUGCUAAUAUGGGGUUCGCAGGUCAGCAGUACAUGGGUGGGUACAUGCCUGAAAUGCCCAUGGACAGCAUGGAAAGAGCUAUGAUGGCAGACGAAUACCAAGGAAGCAUUGCUCACGACAGAUACGACGGAUACUGACCUAAAGACCCUGAGCAGAAAUAAAGGUGGACAAAGGAAGCCGAGAUGCUGAUAUUGGACGUAAUAGGACAAAGAAGAGAAUAUAGUUGGCAGUAGAGAUUGUGCCCUCUGCUCUCAGCUUGAUGUAAUAUAUGCAAUUAUCACUGAGUACGGGACUCUAAUAUCUGAUAUCUGAUCAUCUUAACAGGGCUCAACUUUGUUUUAUAGCAUAAUUUUGCUGAUUAUAAUUCUGACAGUGACGACGCUUGUAGCUUUCUGUUAGAGAACCUUUUAAAAAUGCGUGUGUGCAUGUGAGUGUGUGUGUGUGUGUGUGUGGGCGAAUGUGUUUGUGUGUGUGCGAAUGUGUUCAUGCUUUUGGGUGGGUGUUCUAUGCCAAAGAGAUUUUAUUUUGUGAUGAUAAUCAUGUAGCUUCCUUUUCUUUUCUUUUUUUUGUUUUUUGUUUUUUGUAAGAAAAAAAGAGGAUAAUAGUUGAAAACACUGCCAGAGGUGGCUCUACGUGCACGGUGCACCUGCUCACCGCUCUGUUUCUUUCUUAACGCCUUUGUAACAGACACUGCUGUCUAUGCUGUAGUUUUGACACUAUAUACUGUCAGCUUUCUCCCGCUGUGACUCAACAGUUAAGAGUCGGCAGCACUAAUUCAGUAGGAGUGAACAAACGAGGAGAGUGGAGGUCUGUGACGGACCUUUGAGAGAGCAGUGUAGGGCUGUCCUGCCCCCUUCUCUAUUUCUUAUGUAAUCAUCUGACAAGUGGAUGACUUUUUUUAGGAAUAGUUUCUCAUCUUUUAUAAGUUAUUCACUGGGAAAGGUUCACAUUAUCCGGCAUUACCGGACUAUUAACAAAGAUGUCUUUCCUUCUAAACUGACUUUUAAAUAAAAGAUGAACAACAACAAAAACAGUUUUAAGUUUUAGAAAUGUGUUCCAACAGACAGACUCAUUCAUGAGUGAUGAUGUAGUCACGGACAGCCCUACAGCUGGAGUAAACUACUGACAGGGAAAUUUGUCUUUCUACUUAAUAAGAGUUUUUACUGAAAUUUUGUUUAAUAAAAAUAAAGGAUAUAUUAAACAUA